AUGGCUGAUUCCAACAAGAAGAGCGUGCUAAUCGUUGGCGGUGGCGCCGUCGGUGCAAUCGCAGCCGUCAACCUCGAAGCCGGUGGUUUGGCAACGGUAACCCUCGUCCUACGCUCCAACUACGACGUCGUCAAGGAACACGGAUACACAAUCUCUAGCUGCGAUCAUGGAAACUUGAAGGGAUGGAGACCCAGUGUCGUUCGCAACAGUAUUCCCGAUCUCGUUGGGGAGGGUAUCGAGCAGCCGUUCGAUUAUGUGAUGCUUUGCACCAAGAACAUGCCGGAUAUCCUUCCUACGGCCGUCGACCUAAUCAGCCCUGCUCUCCCCACUGGCAGCAAUGCGAGCAAGACUACCUUGAUACUCUUGCAAAACGGGUUGAAUAUCGAGAAACCGUUUCUGCGUCCUCAUCCCAAUGUUUGUAUCCUGAGUGGUAUUUCCAUGAUUGGCAGUGCGGAAACUAGGCCUGGUACUAUUAUCCAAGAUGAGGGCGAUAAACUGUUAAUUGGCGCCUUUCCCACAUCAAACAUCAACCCCGCUGUGCCCGAACGACGCGCCGAAGAAUUCGUGCACAUGUACUCGGCAGGCGGCAAAACAAAGUGCACUUACUCGCCCAACGUCCUGCACGACCGGUGGAAGAAGUUGGUCUUCAACGCCUGUCUGAAUCCAAUUUGCGCCAUUACGGGCCUGGACGACGGACGGCUGCGCCUAGCGGACGGCGCGCUCGACGGCCUCGUGCGACCAGCCAUGCGCGAAAUCGUUGCCGCGGCCAAGGCGGUCUGCGGUAUGGACUUGGAUCCAGGGGUUGUGGAGGAGACGAUUCAUGUUGAUCCGUUGGAGAGCUGGCUGAAGCCUAGUAUGCAGCAGGAUUUGGUAAAGGGCAAUUUCCUCGAGUAUGAGAAUUUGCUGGGGGAGCCGUUGAGGGCGGGGAGGAAUGCUGGGGUUAGUAUGCCGACGUUGGAAGUGCUGUAUUACCUUGCCAAGGCGAUUCAGUGGAGGAUCAAGGAGAAGAGAGGGUUGGUUGAGGUGCCAGGGAAGAAGUAG